UUUGCUGAAAUGGGUGAGGCAGAUCACUACAGAGUAAUCUACGGCGAUUUCCACUACACAACGGAGAAUGCCACCCGAUAUGCUCUGCUGCACUUGAUCCUGUACGUCGUCUAUUUGGCAUGUGUGACGAAGAUUGGCCACGAUUUGAUAGUGCAUGACCAAUAUUUUUUUAUCAAGGGUCUUCGUAACUUACUUCAAAUGCCGGACUUCAAGGCCAAUGAUAAGAUCAUUUCUUUUAGUAAUGUCAUAACAAUUACCGACUUUUGGGACUAUUUGCAGUUUGUGGUCAUUCCCCUGCUGCAUGGCAACGUCAAUAAUCACUCGAAGACCCACCGCGUGAUACACAGAACAAGGAACCUAAGAGGCCAUUUAUUCCUAGCCGAAAACCUAUUGCUUGGCCCACCGAGGCUGCGCCAGGUACGUGUCAAAAAGGACAACUGUGAGGUGCACAGCUCGCUCUUCCGCUACUUCAACGCAUGUUAUACGCCCUAUUCGAAGAUCAAUGAGGCCACUGAUAUGGUCUAUAAGGGCACAAGGUACUAUACAAUGGAUGAACUGCAAGCCGAACCCAUCAAAGCAACACUGCAUAGCUAUUCCAGUGGAGGCUAUGUGAAACUGUUAUCAUACGAACCGUUUGAGAGUCUGGCGAUCAUACAGCGUUUGCGUAGUGAAAAAUGGUUAGAUCGUGCGUCACGAUUGGUUCUACUCGAGCUGAAUAUGCUCAACUUGAACAUGGACCUAAUACUGUCCAUUAAAUUAAUUUUCGAGAUAAUGACAACCGGCAUUAUAAACACCAAGUACAGUUCGCAAUCGUUCUACACGAGUCCACUGAACGGUGGCUAUGCAACGGAGUGCUCCAUUGUAAUCUAUAUAAUUAACUUCUAUUACACCUACAUUGAGGCCUUAAGAAUUAGUCGCAUCGGCCUUCGGCUAUACUUUAAAAAGUUUUCAACAUACGCAUUUUUACCUGCUAUUUUCAUCUGUUACAUUUUAAUAUAUAUGCAUAUCUCGUCAUCCUUCUACUCGGCAAAAUUUAAGUCUGCCAUGAAUUCGAACAAUGUGGAUUUCGUUCCAUUGGACCAUUUGCUGUACACAUUUUCGCGUCAGCAGAUCCUAGUUGGAUUCUUGGCUUUCUUCUCCUGGAUGGGCCUGUUAGCAUAUAUGGACUUUGUGCCACUUCUAAGAACUUUGGGAAGUUCUAUAAAGAAUGCCUUCACUGACUUGGCUGCCUUCUUCAUCAUGGUCUUCGUCGCGUUUUUGGCCUUUGCACUGCUUGGAAUGUGCCUGUUUGGAAAGGAAAAUUACAACUUUAAAAAUAUCCCUUCCGCAUUCUUAACUAUGAUCCGCAUGACGGCCUGUGAUUUUAACUAUUUCGAAUUAGCACAAGAAUUCCCGUUGUCGGCAUCCUUAUACUUUUUUACUUACGUGCUCUUCAUAUUUUUCGUUGCAUUGAACAUGAUCUUGGUCGUUAUUGUGUUGGCCUACAAAAAGGCCACAGCGUCGACCGCCUACAAGCCCUCGUUCCUGUUGUACUAUAUAAGAAAGCAAAUCUUUCGUCUGACCUGCGGCCUUUGUAAGCCUCCCCGCUAUCCACACAACAGUCAAGAAAAUCAAGACGACAACACGUUCAACCAAGAAAGGCUGCAACAACUAUAUAUCACCAACGAGUUUACGGAAAUCGAGUCAGACCUAAAUAUACUACACAUUCGCUUGAACCUAAUUGAUAAACUACUUAAUCGUUUCACGAACAACAUGGAUGACAUAAUAGCUAAUGUGAAAAAGCAAAAGAAGCAGCAAAUGAAUAACCAAAAAACUGUCUAACAAGUUCACUAAGUCGAA